CAGAGUUUCAGACUUUCAGAGAUCAGAAACCUCUUCUUCUUCUUCAAUUUCACAGCUUCACGUCGUCGUCUUUGAGUCGCCGGAGCUGUAGCUACUGAUUUGGUACCAGAAAGAGAGUGCGACGGUGGACGAUGACGCUUUUUCACUUCUUCAACUGUGCGAUUCUCACAUUCGGUCCUCACGCGGUCUACUACUCCGCCACUCCCUUAUCUGAAUAUGAUACACUUGGAACCUCCGUGAAAGCUGCUGUUGUUUACCUUGCUACUGCAUUGGUUAAGCUUGUUUGUUUGGCGACUUUUCUGCAAGUGUCUGAGACUGAAGUGUUUGACCCAUACCAGGAAGCAUUGAAAGCGAUGAUUGGAUUCAUAGAUGUCGCUGGUCUGUAUUAUGCUCUGGCCCAGCUGACUCACAGGAACAUCUCCCAAAACCAUAAGUUUCAGGCUGUUGGUCUCGGGUGGGCAUUCGCGGAUUCUGUUUUGCACAGGUUGGCACCUCUCUGGGUUGGUGCUCGAGGACUGGAGUUCACUUGGGAUUAUGUUUUGCAAGGGCUUGAAGCCAAUGCAAAUCUGGUGUUCACGAUAUCUCUAGCUGCACUAGGUUCAUUAAUGUGGCUACGCAAGAACAAGCCGAAGAGUCUGAUCCCCAUCAUAUACACAUGUGCAGUCAUCAUUGCGACAAUGCCUUCGAUCACAAGCUAUCUAAAGAGAGUCAAUGGAUGGCAUUUCCCGAAAAUUGUUGGGUUUGAGCUGGCGACUUCUCUGGUAAUGGCUUUUAUCAGUUGUCAACUCUUCAUCCUCUGUCAGAGACCGUCUUUGUGAGUGAUUCCACUUCCCAGCAGAGCUUUUUGUUAAUGGGAAACUCUUGCGACGCACUUGCCUUGUUUUCUGCAGGACUCGGUUCCAUGGAAACUUUGAUCUUUCCCAUCUUUAUUUGUAGAAGAAUAUUGAACCAUCCUUUCAUAACUUAUUGAUUUGGGAAGUGUCAUUCGUUAAAGCAUAGACUUAGAAUCAUAAUAACUAAGAGAUGUUUAUCUUGAAAUUAUCUUACAAAUCUAUCACCAAAUUGUGAUAUAAAGCAUUACUUUGCAGUGUGUUACCAUAAAUGAGAAUCAUGUGCUCCUAGAUUAUAGGAGACGGUAACCAUUAACCUUCAACAAAAAUCAUUAAAUGUUCUAAGAUUC